UUGGCCACGGAGGGAGGGGUAAUUUGAUAGCGCUGCGCUCCUGACAGCAGAUAUUCCUUUAUCUGUGAAUCAGUUGAGCAAUGGGCAGCAACGAAACACCGCACAGAAGUCCAAAUAUCUCACAGUCACCCAGUAUCCCCCGGCCACCUACCCCCCUCAAGGUAACAUCAAUGGAGCUUUUGAACCAUCCUGUGUGGACAUCCAUAAUAACUCGGUUGUUAACAAUUACGUGGAUGGAAACCAGCCCAUCAAACAAACCGGUAUGCAUUUUGGGGACGGUAAAAGAAAAGUGGACUAUGUUCUGGCCUAUUAUUACAGGCACCGUUCUUCCCAACAGAAUGGUUCUCCCACAAAUCCCAGACCUCCCGCAGUUAUAGUUUCCAAUGGGAAUUCAGUGACCCCAGAAGAAAUUGGCAAAACACCCCCUGAACAGCCUCUUCCGGGGGAAUUACACAACCAGCAACAGAAAGUACAAGAACACAACCAACUAAAGCAACAGAAGCAUGACCACCAACAUUCUCAGAAUGGAAACUCAUCAUGUCAUCCACAUGAAGUGGUUGUGGUGGAGAUGAGCCACCAUGAUGCCCUUGAGGAAGAGAAAAAAAUACAGCGAGAGGAGUUUGAGCAUAACCUCAUUGAAGCUGGACUGGAAAUGGAAAAAGACCCUGAGACUAAGCAACAGGGUCUGAACUUUGUAAGGAUUCACGCACCAUGGCAAGUUCUAAGUCGUGAAGCAGAAUUCCUUAAAAUAAAGGUGCCCACAAAAAAGAUGUAUGAAGUUAAACAAGAGAGCGGUAUCAUGUCAAAGCUCAACAGUGUAUGGAACAAAUGCACUAAGCCUUUACAACCCAAUGUGCCACAAAUUAGCGAAAACACGAAGAUGAAACCUUUGUCUUAUCCCUUCUCCAGAGAUAAAAUGCAUCUGUACAACAUCAAAGACAAGGAAACAUUUUUUGACAAUGCAACGCGCAGUCGAAUAGUAUAUGAAAUUCUGAAGAGAACGUCUUGUACAAAGGCCAAAUACAGUAUGGGUAUUACCACAUUGAUAGCAAACCAUGUCUAUGACUCAGCGUAUUCUCUCCAUGAUGGGGACUAUGAUCACAACAAGGGAGAAAUGAAUGAGAGGAUGCUAUUACAUCGAGAGUGGGCAAGAUAUGGAGCAUUUUACAAAUAUCAGCCUAUUGACUUAAUAAGAAAGUAUUUUGGAGAAAAAAUUGGAUUAUAUUUCGCCUGGCUUGGUCUAUAUACGUGGCUACUUAUUCCUGCCUCUGUAGUUGGGAUCAUAGUGUUUCUAUAUGGAUGUGUGACGGUUGACACCGAUGUUCCUAGCAAAGAAAUGUGCAAUGAAGAAGACACAUUCACAAUGUGCCCGCUGUGCGACAAGUCAUGUGACUAUUGGAAUUUGAGCACCGCCUGCGCUACGGCCCGUGCCAGUCAUUUAUUCGACAACCCGGCCACUGUCUUCUUCUCUGUCUUCAUGGCCCUCUGGGCCACUCUAUUCCUGGAGCACUGGAAACGCCUACAGAUGCGGCUCAGCUACUUCUGGGAUCUGACGGGAUUAGAAGAGGAAGAAGAGCAUCCAAGACCCGAAUACGAGACCAAGUUGCUUUUAAUGAAGGAAAAAUGGAAAGCCUGUAAAAAUGGGAAAAAAGAGAAAUUAACAUGGAGAGAUCGAAUUCCUGCAUAUUUAGUGAAUUUUGCAGCAAUUUUAUUUAUGAUCGCACUUACAUUUUCAGCAGUGUUUGGAGUCAUUAUCUAUCGGAUUACCGUUGCGUCAGCUUUGGCGUUUAGCGCAAAUGAAGGCACCAGAGCAAAUGUCCGUGUGACUGUGACCGCCACGGCUGUCAUCAUCAACUUGGUCUUGAUUCUUAUACUAGACGAAAUUUAUGGUUCAGUGGCAAAGUGGCUUACGGAAAUAGAGGUACCCAAAACUGAGAAAACCUUUGAAGAGCGGCUGAUACUCAAGGCGUUCCUUCUGAAGUUUGUGAACUCCUAUGCCUCAAUAUUUUAUGUGGCCUUUUUCAAGGGGAGGUUUGUUGGAAGGCCGGGCAGCUAUGCUUAUAUUUUCAAUGAUUACAGAGUUGAAGAGUGUGCACCGGGUGGAUGUCUGAUGGAGCUUUGCAUUCAGCUCAGUAUCAUCAUGUUGGGGAAGCAGCUGAUCCAGAACAACUUGUUUGAGAUUGGAAUACCAAAACUCAAGAAAUUGUUUCGGAAGCUGAAAGAUGACAGGACGGAGCCCGGUGAGGACAAUCUCAACAGCUCAAGAGAACCUCAACAAUGGGACAGAGAUUACGCUCUAGAACCAUUUACUGGACUGACCCCAGAGUACAUGGAGAUGAUUAUCCAGUUUGGGUUUGUCACACUGUUUGUGGCCUCCUUUCCUCUGGCUCCUCUCUUCGCUCUACUCAACAACAUUAUUGAAGUGAGACUUGACGCGAAAAAGUUUGUGGCUGAGUUAAGAAGACCGGAUGCUGUGCGAGCUAAAGAUAUAGGCAUUUGGUACAACAUUUUAAGUGGAAUUGGCAAAUUCUCUGUCAUUAUUAAUGCAUUCGUCAUAUCUGUCACAUCAGACUUCAUCCCACGUCUUGUGUAUCAGUACAUGUACAGUCAAAAUGGAACCAUGCAUGGCUUUAUCAAUCAUACCCUCUCCUAUUUCAAUGUCAGUCAUUUGAAACCUGGGACCCAACCUGAAAAUUCACAGUUUGCACAAAAUGUUACAUUCUGCAGAUAUAAAGAUUACCGGGAACCACCUUGGUCUCCAAAUCAAUACGAUUUUUCUAAACAAUACUGGACCGUUCUAGCUGUGCGUCUGGCUUUCGUCAUUCUAUUUCAGAACCUGGUCAUGUUCCUGAGUGCGGUGGUAGACUGGUUAAUACCCGACAUCCCGAAAGACAUCAGCGAACAAAUCAAAAAAGAAAAGAGCCUGAUCGUCAAUGUCUUCCUCAAAGAAGAACAUAAGAAACUCCAACUUAUAGAAAACUUCAUCAUGCACGACAAACAGCGUAGCAAGACAGAGAACAGAGGCCGGCGUAGCCGAGCAGCCAGCUUCUGCCAGUUCAGCCGGAGUCAACGUGGCAGUUUUACAUCAUUCAGCUCGCACCACACGGAAGUGUGACCCCCCUUGUGAGCCUAGUAGACAUGUCACACAAAGAAACACACACAAAAAAAAGAGAAUCGCAAUGCAUGUACGAUUAAAGCAUAUGAUGUUGUAAUUGGAGAUGGAAGAACAUGUGGGACGAAGGCGAGGGGUGAAAGAGAAAAAACAACCCCUUAAUUUUCUCGUAAAUGUCUCCAAACCAUCUUAAGCAGGCUUUGUAAUAUUUAAAGAACCGUCUGGUGCGACAUACAGUGCAGGCGAGCUUAAGUACAACGGAGGGCUAUAGAUCUCCAGCAGCUCAUUUACUGUAAUGUGUGUGGCUACCACAGAGCUGAAUACAAUGCAUGGAGUAGGGCGCAAACUAAGACCACAUUUUUAUUUUUAACUAUAGGACUAGCCAAGCUCAUGAUUUUUUAUUUUUUGGUCAAUGGGCGGACUUCUUUACAUUGUGUGAGACUAUUUCCUAUGUAAAUGAAAAUCUUGCUGCUGUGCUUUUAUGAUAUAAGCAAUUCUUAUAUACGACCGAUUCACACAAUAAUACCUAGACCGAACUCAGUGCACUCAGAGGCAUAUUUUUAUCUACGAAAAAUAAAACGGCUUGGAAAAAAGGGAAUGUAUAGCUUUAAAUGUAUCAAGUUCAAAUUACUCUACGAUGCAGGCAAGGAUGCAGGAUGCCGAACCCCACGUGACGGCGUGCGUUCCAUUGGCUGCUCUUUUCCGAAUGUAUAGUGAGAUACCAAAUAUCACAACCUCAGGGCUCAUUUUCUACGGUCUGUUCUUGAAGAUAAAUGUAUCAAAGACAUUUUUGAUAUGGGAACGAAACAUGAGAAGGAUUUACUCGCAUCCAACAGCAAAUUGUCAAUGACGUUUCACAGUUCUUUUUUUUUGGGGCAUCGACGAAAUAAAAUGAUGUAUG